GCAGAUAAUUUUAGCGCCAAUUAGAAAUAUUUCCCUCAAACUUUAGUCGCGCUCCGGUUGUGACUUGUUUACUACUGUAUGGUUUUUGUUGCUGUUGAGGAACCAAAAUGGAAUCGAUUGGCUUGGAGAUGGAUGAUAUCUUUGGAACUACUGAGGAGCAGGGAGCUGAAAAUGAGGACAUAGGAGCUUUACAGAAUGAUGCGGAGGAAGAGACUGCUAAUGCAGAAGAUGAAAAUACUUUUGAUGCUAACAUCAACAAGAAACUUGCAAAAGGUGCUUCUAAGAAAGUUGUUCGAAAUCCUCGGCCUAAACUGAAUGAUGUUCGACUGAGUGGUGAAAGAGGAAUUGCACUAUUACCAAAACUCUUUAAGGAUGUGACAUUCAAAGGAAACGGUUACGAGGCAAAAGAUCUUGACAAAACUCUGAAGAUUUUGGAACACUGGGCUCACAGACUUUUUCCACCGAUGAUGUUUUCUGAUUGUCUUCAGCGUAUUGAAAAACUUGGGACUAAAAAAAGUGUUCAAUCAUGUAUUAAACGCAUCCGACUUGACAUGCCGGUGCUGGAUGAUGACUUUGUCUCAAACCAAGUCGAUGAUGACGAUGACGGUAACCCAAACAAUACUACAAAUGCGAUGCAAAUGGAUGAAGUAACUGCUGCUGAAGCUGCAUGGAAUGAAAUGAUGCGAUCACCAAACAACAACAACAACAACAAUAAUAAUAAUGGUGUGUCCAGUACAUCGUAUCUUACGUCUCCUCCUUCAGGCUUUUCUACUCCAUCAACCACCAACCAUCCACCAUCGCAAGUUACUGUUCUUUCUGUAGAAAUGAAAGAAAAGAUUGCCAGGAAUAGACAACUUGCUCUGGAAAGAAGGGCUGCUAGAUUAGCUGCUAACCAGAACACUCCCCAAAGACAGAAUGCUCCCCAAAAUGAGGAGAUUAGAUCUGGCAACCAGAAGACUUCCAACAACCAAAAUUCUUCUUUCACUGGAACACCUAUACCAUCUGACCAUUCUUUGGUAAACUCAAACAAUCCAGACCAUCUCCAAGAAGUCUCCACAAGGAAAACACUCUCCCAAGAAGAUGGUGACAGUUUCCAAAAGACAGUUUCUGGUUUUAAUGGCAAAACAGAACAAACACCUGGAUUGUGUGAGGGUGUGACAGACGUGGAUCAGUCAACUGUGGAAGAGAAUGGUGUGUGUCGGAGUGUGACAGACAUGGAUCAGUCAACUGUGAAAGAGAAUGAUGUGUGUGAGGGUGUGACAGACAUGGAUCAGUCAACUGUAAAAGAGAAUGAUGUGUGUGAUGGUGUGACAGGCAUGGAUCAGUCAACUGUGGAAGAGAAUGAUGUGUGUCAGGGUGUGACAGACGUGGAUCAGUCAACUGUGAAAGAGAACAAUGUACUCCAGGGUGUGACAGAUAUGGAUCAGUCACCUGUGAAAGAGAAUGAUGUACUCCAGAGUGUAACAGACAUGGAUCAGUCAACUGUGAAAGAGAAUGAUGUGUGUCUGAGGGACAAAUGCUGACUGUAAGAAAGCAGGCUAACUCAGAUGAAUCUGUACAAACUGAAUUCCAUCAUCUUUCCAUCUUGUUGCCUUGUCUGAAUAUUAAAUCUCCAUUAGAAUUCCUCUGCAGAAACAGAAAAACAAUUUUAAUCCUUUUGUUACCAAAUUCCUGUUUGUUUUUUUCUUUUUUGCUAAUGAAGAAUGUCAUUAAGUUGGUGUUUCGUAAAUAAAUGAACAUAAGUUUUGAUGAAAGGUUUUAAUUGAAAUCACUUUAAAAAAGGAAUUGUGUUUCAUGGGACCUAGUUUUGAUGGGUUUCAAUUCAAAGGAGUUGAACCAGUGAGAUUUGUUAUUCAUCUGGAACUAAUAACAAUACCAUAAAACUGUAGGUGCUGGUGUGACUGUGUGUUAAGAAGUUUGUUUCCCAUUCACAUGUUUCCAGGUUCAGUUCCAGCUGAGUGACAUCUUGGGCAAGUGUUUUCUACUGUAGCCUUGGGCUAACCAAAUCCUUAUGAAUAGAUUUGGUAGACGGAAACUGAAAGAAGCCUGUCAUAUAUAUAUAAUAUAUGAGGCACAAGCAUACGCACAUACAUGAGUGUGUGUGCUUGUGUUUCCUUGUCUGGAAAUGCUGUCCAAACAAGGAGAGGCAAUGAUUGUUGUAAAUGAUUGUCGUGGUCUUACAAGCUGUUAUUUAUUUCCAAUAUUCUGCGAGAAGACGUCUGGCCAUGGAGAAAUAUCACCUUGAUUGGAAACAGGUGAGGAUUGACAACAGGAAGGGCAUCCAGCUGUAGAAAAUCUGCUUCAAUAAAUUCCAUCCAACCCAUGGAAGCACAUGAUAAAAUGUGGCUGAUGAUGACUAAAUAAUUGUAUAAGUAGUUCUGUUCUAGUUUUUUGCUGCAGUUUGUAAGCCAUGGUAAAUGAUUCCUGCCAUGUCUUUGGUGAAGAUGGAUCCUUAUUCUUGUGUGGAUGCGUUUUGAUUCCAUCCACUCCCCUCCCUGAAAUGCUUAUUUUACCUUUUUUUGUCUUUGAAAUCCGUCUUCAAGUUUUAACACCCACCCUACUUUGUUUGUAAUUUUUUUAUUGUAUAUUUCUUUUCUCUUUUAAAUUGAUUUAUGGUUCUUUGCUGCAAACAUUAAAAAAAGAAGAAAAAAAAGAAUUUUUAAAACUUAAUGUUAUUAAAGAAAUAUAAAAUGUA